AUGGCGUCCACAAAGUGGUCGGCAGAAGAGGAGCGUAGGAGAGCAUUUUGGCUCGUAUGGGAGAUUGAUACGUUCGCUUCAAUCCUCUCAAUGAGGCCGCGAGGACUCAACAGCCAAAGGAUCAUUGUGCGUCUCCCGGUCAGCGAUGAAGCGUGGUUUUCCAACAACCCAUGCGAGUCACCGGUCAUUCCUCUUAAUCCAACACAGGUUUGGAGAGUCUUGCUCGACUCUCCGAACAAAGACGAGCGAGCGUGGUUCCUCGUGGCCAACUAUCUGAUGGCUUUGGCGUACGAGGCAGCUUCAGGCCAGCAGAAGUCUCAGCGAGAAUAUAGCGAUCUCGCUAGCUCAAUAACUUACUUCUCUCAUGCAGUUUCUCGGAGAUAUGGACUGGAAACUAAGCCGCCUGUCUUCACUGCCAGGACUUUUGCGAACGCCAAUUGGAUUAUUGGCAUGCAUCUAAUGUUGGCAAACACUCAAGCGUGUUUACAAAUUCUGACAGCAACACCAGCGUCGGGUUUUGCGACAAUCGGAGAUGACUAUUCGAGAAUCCUCAACCGUUGGCACCCCGAAUACAUCGCCUUCAGUCACCCAUUCUUCGCCGGAACACUUCUUUCUGCCCGCACCUAUCCAUCAACGUCUUCGUCGCGGUCACUAAGUUCAUCGUGCAACCAAGAGCUUUCAGCCCUAAUUCUUUCCCACUUUGCUACUUUCUGGGAGCUAGGUUCUGUGCUGCUGGGUGAGUACAUCCGGUUCUAUAUCAAGACCAUUCAUUCAGUCUAA